AGUCUCCGAAAUUUGAAAACGCCCUUUAGCUUUAGAGUAGCUGACACACAGGCUUGGCCAAAAAUACAACACAUUUAUUUUAACCCCAAAUAAAAUGAACCCGUUCAACGAAGAUGAUAUCAAAAUGUACUUUUAUGAGAACCGACUGAAAACUUUCGAGGGCUGGCCUUUCGACGAGGACUGCAUGUGCACCCCGGAGAACAUGGCCAAAGCUGGCUUCAUCCACACGCCUUCAGAGAACAGUCCUGAUAUCGCCAUGUGUUUCUUCUGCCUCAAAGAGCUGGAGGGCUGGGAGCCAGAGGAUGACCCAGAAAAGGAGCACAAAUCUCACUCGUCCUCCUGCCACUUCAUAAGCCUGAAGAAGAAAGUAGAAGAGCUGACUGUGGAAGAAUUCUUCAGACUGCAGAAGGAGAGACGCAAAUUCAUCAUUAACAAAUCUUGUAGCGAGGCCAUCACCAAAUUUGAAGAUGCAGCAAAGCUGAGAAGAGCAGACAUCGUCAAGACAGCCAUGGGAGAAGAGUAAUAAAUGUAGAUGAAAUGUGCAGUGUGAGAGUAAUUGUAGAUGUCCGCUGAACUUAUUUUCUUUUCUUUCUGCUUUGUACCUCUAUAUAUUUGUUGUUUUUCUGUUUUCAAAUGAGCUGUUUUUACUAAAUAAACUAUCUUUUUGUGCUGGA